GACACAGCGGGGGCCCAGUGGUGCAACCCGGGCCCGGAGACUGACGGACAGCGCCUGGUGUCUCUUUGAGGCCCUGACGUGGACAAACUUCGGGUUUCACGACUCCGGGUUUCUCCAGCGGAUGGGCCGACCGGUGGAGGCGCGUGAGGGAGACGAAGGGACUUCCGUUUCCUUCACCUAGGCUGGGGCCAGGCCGCAGAGCGGAGUUGGCAUUUCCAGAUUGGGGCUCGGGCCGCGCCUCCUCCGGGACCCUCCCCUUGGACCGAGCUGAUCGCCGCGGGGCAGUUCGGGCCGGCUGUCCUGGCGCGAAAAGGUGGACAAGUCCUAUUUUCAAGAGAAGAUGACUUUUAACAGUUUUGAAGGAUCUAAAACUUGUGUACCUGCAGACAUCAAUAAGGAAGAAGAAUUUGUAGAAGAGUUUAAUAGAUUAAAAACUUUUGCAGAUUUUCCAAGUAGUAGUCCUGUUUCAGCAUCAACACUGGCACGAGCAGGGUUUCUUUAUACUGGUGAAGGAGAUACCGUGCGGUGCUUUAGUUGUCAUGCAGCUGUAGAUAGAUGGCAAUAUGGAGACUCAGCAGUUGGAAGACACAGGAAAGUAUCCCCAAAUUGCAGAUUUAUCAAUGGCUUUUAUUUUGAAAAUAGUGCCACGCAGUCUACAAAUUCUGGUAUCCAGAAUGGUCAGUACAAAGUCGAAAACUAUCUGGGAAGCAGAAAUCAUUUUGCCUUAGACAGGCCAUCUGAGACACAUGCAGACUAUCUUUUGAGAACUGGGCAGGUUGUAGAUAUAUCAGACACCAUAUACCCGAGGAACCCUGCCAUGUAUAGUGAAGAAGCUAGAUUAAAGUCCUUUCAGAACUGGCCAGACUAUGCUCACCUAACCCCAAGAGAGUUAGCAAGUGCUGGACUCUACUACACAGGUAUUGGUGACCAAGUGCAGUGCUUUUGUUGUGGUGGAAAACUGAAAAAUUGGGAACCUUGUGAUCGUGCCUGGUCAGAACACAGGCGACACUUUCCUAAUUGCUUCUUUGUUUUGGGCCGGAAUCUUAAUAUUCGAAGUGAAUCUGAUGCUGUGAGUUCUGAUAGGAAUUUCCCAAAUUCAACAAAUCUUCCAAGAAAUCCAUCCAUGGCAGAUUAUGAAGCACGGAUCAUUACUUUUGGGACAUGGAUAUACUCAGUUAACAAGGAGCAGCUUGCAAGAGCUGGAUUUUAUGCUUUAGGUGAAGGUGAUAAAGUAAAGUGCUUUCACUGUGGAGGAGGGCUAACUGAUUGGAAGCCCAGUGAAGACCCUUGGGAGCAACAUGCUAAAUGGUAUCCAGGGUGUAAAUAUCUGUUAGAACAGAAGGGACAAGAAUAUAUAAACAAUAUUCAUUUAACCCAUUCACUUGAGGAGUGUCUGGUAAGAACUACUGAGAAAACACCAUCACUAACUAGAAGAAUUGAUGAUACCAUCUUCCAAAAUCCUAUGGUACAAGAAGCUAUACGAAUGGGGUUCAGUUUCAAGGACAUUAAGAAAAUAAUGGAGGAAAAAAUUCAGAUAUCUGGGAGCAACUAUAAAUCACUUGAGGUUCUGGUUGCAGAUCUAGUGAAUGCUCAGAAAGACAGUACGCAAGAUGAGUCAAGUCAGACUUCAUUACAGAAAGAGAUUAGUACUGAAGAGCAGCUAAGGCGCCUGCAAGAGGAGAAGCUUUGCAAAAUCUGUAUGGAUAGAAAUAUUGCUAUCGUUUUUGUUCCUUGUGGACAUCUAGUCACUUGUAAACAAUGUGCUGAAGCAGUUGACAAGUGUCCCAUGUGCUACACAGUCAUUACUUUCAAGCAAAAAAUUUUUAUGUCUUAAUCUAACUCUGUAGUAGGGAUGUUAUGUUCUUCUUAUUACCCUGAUUGAAUGUGUGAUGUGAACUGACUUUUAAGUAAUCAGGAUUGAAUUCCAUUAGCAUUUGCUACCAAGUAGAAAAAAAAUGUACAUGGCAGUGUUUUAGUUGGCAAUAUAAUCUUUGAAUUUCUGGAUUUUUCAGGGUAUUAGCUGUAUUAUUUAUCCAACUUUUUUUACUGUUAUCUAAUUGAAACCCUAGACUAAGAAGCAUCAUAUUAUAACUGAACACAAUGUGUAUUCAUCGUAUACUGACUUAAUUUCUAAGUGUAAGUGAAUUAAUCAUCUGGAUUUUUUAUUCUUUUCAGAUAGGCUUAACAAAUGGAGCUUUCUGUAUAUAAAUGUGGAGAUUAGAGUUAAUCUCCCCAAUCACAUAAUUUGUUUUGUGUGAAAAAGGAAUAAUUGUUCCAUGCUGGUGGAAAGAUAGAGAUUAUUUUUAGAGGUUGGUUGUUGUGUUUUAGGAUUCUGUCCAUUUUCUUUUAAAAUUAUAAACACGUACUUGUGCGAAUAAUUUUUUAAAAGUGAUUUGCCAUUUUUGAAAGGGUAUUUAAUGAUAGAAUACUAUCAAGCCAAGAUGUACUGACAUGGAAAGAUGUGAAAGAUAUAUUAAGUGUAAAAUGCAAGUGGCAAAACACUAUGUAUAGUCUGAGGCCAUCAAAGUAUGUAUGUUUCUUAUAUGUAUAGAA